UMGUUUUAUUUACUAUUCAAGAUAACUGCUACAAUGGAAAUCUUACGUCCAUCAUUGAUCAACAUAAGUGGAAGAGUAUACAGAAGAAAUACCAUCAAAGAAGACCAGUAUGAAGAGGGGGAAGAGGACGACUCCUACAUGGGACCACCAGACAGAUGCUACAAUACUCUGUCUCCUCUCCUAUUUGUCCCUGCUGCACCUGUUAUGGAACACCAACAUGUUCUUGCCGAUCUCAACAUGCACUUUGUUGUUUUGAUUAGCAGUGAACGUUUGACGAGAGAGUUCUGUGACAGCCACUCCAUAGAACAGACUGACAAAGGUUUCAGCUGUGCCAUUGAUGUCCCAAGUGUUCUUUACAAAUACAUCAUCGGGAGGAAAGGAGAGACACGUAGAAGACUAGAGGCAGACACAAAGACAGACAUCAACAUUCCWAAACAAGGAGUGGAAGGYCAGAUCGUGAUCACUGGCUCCCAGAAGGCCGCGGUGUCCUCUGCCGUGACUCGUGUCGAGCUCCUGGUGCAGAGCUUUCGCAAGAAGCAGCCGUUCACCCACUUCCUGUCGUUCGCUCUUAACCACCCUCAAGUUCAGGAUGGAUUCCUGAGGUUUAAAGAGGAGGUGUUGGAGCAGUGUUCUCAGCUAUCAGAGAUCUUAGGACACGGAGUAGAGGGAAGCAUCUUCCAGAACCUGCUAAGUCCAUCUGACAGUCGGCACCUGGCUCUGCUGAACGACCUGGAAGUGACCCAAGCAUGUAAACAACUCCAGCACUGUCAGGACUUUAUAAGUAGGACCAUCACAGAAGGGAAGCCCCUCCCGUUGGAGGUGACAGGGAUUGAGUACAUGAACGAUGACCCAGCCAUGGUGGAUGUCCUGUAUGCCAAGGUCCAAGUCAAAGAUGGUUCGGACAAGCUGCAGGCCAUUGUGGAGCGGCUGGUGGACCACUUUGUUUCCUCAGGGCUGAUGGUCAGAGAAUGGGACAGAGUGAAACUGCACGGCACAGUGAUGAACACUCUGUUCAGGAAGGCUGCUUCAGGUAGGAUGAAGAAAGUGGUUUUAAAGAUGGACAUUAAGUCAGACUCACUGGAACAUGAGUCAGUCAGCAUAAAGAUGGACAUUAAGUCAGAGUCACUGGACACGGAGUCAGUCAGCAUAAAGAUGGACAUUAAGUCAGAGUCACUGGACACGGAGUCAGUCAGCAUAAAGAUGGACAUUAAGUCAGACUCACUGGACACGGAGUCAGUCAGCAAUAAGAUGGACAUUAAGUCAGACUCCUGGACACGGAUCAGCAUAAAGAUGGACAUUAAGUCGAAGUCACUGGACACGGAGUCAGUCAGCAUAAAGAUGGACAUUAAGUCAGAGUCACUGGACACGGAGUCAGUCAGCAUAAAGAUGGACAUUAAGUCAGAGUCACUGGACACGGAGUCAGUCAGCAUAAAGAUGGACAUUAAGUCAGAGUCACUGGACACGGAGUCAGUCAGCAUAAAGAUGGACAUUAAGUCAGAGUCAUGGACACGAGUCAGUCAGAUAAAGAUGGACAUUAAGUCAGAGUCACUGGACACGGAGUCAGUCAGCAUAAAGAUGGACAUUAAGUCAGAGUCACUGGACACGGAGUCAGUCAGCAUAAAGAUGGACAUUAAGUCAGAGUCACUGGACACGGAGUCAGUCAGCAUAAAGAUGGACAUUAACCGAAGCACAGGAGGAAGGCAGAACAUGAAGGAGCGGGAGGCCUUCGAUGCCAGGAACAUAUUAAAGAGUUUUGGGUCGUACCAUUUUGGGGRGUUUGAUCUGAAUGCUGUCCAGAUUUCCCAGAGGUAUUCUACCGACUGCACCGGCUUCUACACCUCCGCUGGCCUUCUGAACUUCUCCUGACCACCUCUCCCCCUUCACUCAGGUGUUGAUUGUGUUCGCAGGUCAGGUGAAGCGAUGAAG